CUUUAAUUAGAAAAACCAUUUUGGGAAAGCACUUCAUUAUAAAUGAUUAUUUUAAGAAUUAAUUCUAAAUUUAGCAGAGAAAAAAUAACCUUAAUUAAUCCUCAUUUGAGUAACAUUAUUUAUGAAGGACCAUCUUGGGGAUAAAUCUCAAUUAUAGAGGACCACCUAGCACUACAAGAAAAUGUUAGUUUUGCAACAGAAAUACAGCAACAGGCAUUAUUCCGUAGCGACAUUGCAAAGGCAAUUUAAUUUGCAACAUAACUAUUUUGCAACGGUAUUGUUUGCAACGGAGAGACCCCUGGGGGUCGGUCUAUUUUCUAUCACAUUGAGAAAAAAAUCCAGUCUUGGCAUGCUGGGGUUUGAAGGUUUUAUCCCAGGGGAGUCUCCAAGAGCAGCAGUGACUACCUGUGGACAUGAGCGGUCCAAGAGUUUUCUGGAUGCACGAGAAACGGAAGAAGAUAGUUUCAUCCAUAAUUUUGAUGCAUCGUAUGGUUUGAAGUUGGAUAUGGAGCACUCAGAUGAUUCCAUGAAGAGAAAGAAGAAACAACUGUCAUCUAACACCAUGGUCCAAAGUUCACUCAGGCAAGAUAUAAUGCAACUGGAGAAAAGAUUGCAGAGCCAACUUGCUGUGCGGUGUGCUCUGGAGAAAGCAUUAGGGUAUAGGUCAACUUCUCAGAAUACCACUGAUGAAAUCUCAAUUCCUAAGCCAGCCACAGAACUGAUUAGAGAAAUAGCUGUGUUAGAGUAUGAAGUUGGAAAUUUGGAAAAGUACCUCCUUUCAUUAUACCGGAAAGCAUUUGAUCCUCAGAGUUCAACCCCCUCCCCACCUCCUGAACAUGAUGACAAGCUAAAAUCCCCAGUAAGCACCCCAAGAAGAAGAAGGCUCGAUUUUUCAAAACCGGGUGAGAUAUUGACGAGUGAAAAACCCACAGUUCAACAUAAAGAAAGCAAUGGCACGGCAGAAGACAAACUUUCAGAUUCUGGAGUUAAGAGGAGUCAUUCCUCCCUCUCUCAGCAGUCAGAUUUGUCAAGCAGAACUUCCCCUCCACAAGAAAAAGCCAUGGGUACUUUUCAUUCUCAGCCCCUAUCUAUGAUGGAGGACACACAAAAUGCUUCUUCAAAUAUAAUCAGCUUGGCAGAUCAUCUAGGAACCCACAUUUCUGAUCAUAUUCCAGUGUCACCAAACAGGUUGUCAGAGGAGAUGAUAAAGUGCAUGUGCACUAUAUACUGCAAGCUAGCUGAUCCAACAAGAACAACUCAGGAUCUUUCAUCUCCAACAUCAUCUUUCUCAUCAGUAACUGCAUUUUCUCCAAAAGAUCAGCGCGAAAUAUGGAGUCUUGGAAUUAGACAUGGUUCGUCUUUUGAUGUCCGUUUGGAUAAUCCUUUCCACGUUGAAGGGCUGAAGGAGUUCAGUGGUCCUUACAGCUCAAUGGUAGAAAUACAGUGUAUCUACAGAGAUCAUCAGAAAGUUGGUGAUAUUGAGCCCUUUUUACAGAAUUUCAAGUUACUUAUAUCCCGAUUAGAAGAAAUGGAUCCUCGAAAGUUGACUCACGAGGAGAAACUUGCAUUCUGGAUCAACAUACACAAUGCAUUGGUGAUGCAUGCAUUUUUGGCAUACGGAGUUCCACAAAACAGCAUGAAGAGAUCACUCCUUCUCUUGAAGGCGGCCUAUAAUGUUGGGGGCCACGUAGUUAGUGCUGAUGCUAUUCAGAAUUCUAUUCUCAAGUGCCGACCCCCUCGACCCGGGCAGUGGAUUCGCUUGCUACUCUUGUCGAGAGGCAAGUUUAAGGCCGGGGAUGAACGCCAGGAAUUUGUGAUCAAAAACCCAGAACCGCUCGUGCAUUUCGCAAUAUCUUCUGGCAACCAUUCCGAUCCUGUGGUCCGAGUAUACACGCCGAAGAGAAUAUAUCAAGAGUUGGAAACAGCAAAAGAAGAGUACAUCAGGGCCACAUUCGGCAUGAGGAGUGACCACAAAAUCCUUUUGCCAAAGAUGGUCGAGUCAUUUGCCAAGAACUCGGGCUUGUGCUCUGCGGGCAUUAUCCAAAUGCUGAUUAAGUCUUUGCCCGAUUCCCUGAAAAUGAGCGUUAAAGGGAUGUCGGGAAAGAACAUUGAAUGGGUCCCGCACAGUUCCACAUUCCGAUAUCUCGUAUCGAAGGAGCUGUCUCAGUGAUUGCCUGCUUGCUCCCGAGAAGGUAGCUAGGAAGGGUAUAUAUGUAAUUUCCCAUUGAUAGAAUGGAGAUAGUUGUUUG